GGGAGUGGAUCCCCGGGCGGCGCGAGGGGCCGGCGGGUCCUGGGGCAGCGCGAGGUGGCCGUGGAGCCGCGGGGCAAGGCCGGCGAGCCCGGGACGCACCUGGUCGCAGCUCAGCCUCCGCGGAGCCGGAGGGCGCGGGUGCCGCACUUGCCUCGUUUGCGGCUCCCACCGUCCCAGCCCCGCCGGGCGGACUGCGGCCGGGCGGCGGGUCUGGGAGGUCCGGACUGCCCCGAGAGCUCAGAGAGCCCGGCCCGCUCCUCCGCUGCCGCGACGAGGAGCCGGGCGGGCGGCGGGCGCGCUCCCCGCGGCCCCGGAAUGACUUGUCGGGGCUCCCCUCUGGCGCCUUUGCUGCUCCUCUCUCUGCACGGUUGUGGACGUCAUGAAGCCCAGUUGGAGAGAUGCUGAUCAGUCCCACGACUGUGUAAAGCAGGUGUUGCAGCUUCCCUGGAAGUCUCCGAGAGCCCUGGGAGUGUCCAAGUGGCCCGGGGUCAGACAGCAGUCCUGCCCUGUACUUUCACUACCAGCGCCGCCCUCAUUAACCUCAAUGUCAUUUGGAUGGUCAUUCCUCUCUCCAAUGCGAACCAGCCUGAGCAGGUCAUUCUGUAUCAAAGUGGACAGAUGUUUGAUGGUGCCCCCCGGUUCCAUGGUAGGGUAGGAUUUAUAGGCACCAUGCCAGCCACCAAUGUCUCUAUCUUCAUUAACAACACCCAGCUAUCAGAUACAGGCACCUACCAGUGUUUGGUUAACAACCUUCCAGAUAGAGGGGGCAGGAAUAUUGGGGUCACCGGUCUCACAGUUUUAGUUCCUCCUUCUGCCCCACACUGCCAAAUACAAGGACCCCAGGAUAUUGGCAGCGAUGUCAUCCUGCUCUGUAGCUCAGAGGAAGGCACUCCUCGACCAACUUACCUUUGGGAGAAGCUAGACAGUAGCCUCCAACUACCCCCAACAGCCACUCAGGACCAGGUCCAGGGAACAGUCACCAUCCGGAACAUCAGCACCCUGUCAUCAGGUUUGUACCAGUGCGUGGCUUCUAAUGCCAUUGGGACCAGCACCUGUCUUUUGGAUCUCCAGGUUAUUUCUCGGGCAUUCUUUUACUGGAGAAGCAAAAAUAAAGCGGAGGAGGAAGAAGAAAUUCCUAAUGAAAUAAGAGAGGAUGAUCUUCCACCUAAAUGUCCUUCUUCUGCCAAAGCAUUUCACACCGAGGUGUCCUCCUCAGAGAGCAACACAUUUACCUCUUCCAACACCUAUAACAGCCGCUGCUGGAGCAACAAUCCCAAAGUGCACAGAAACACAGAGUCGCUCAACCACUUCAGUGACUUGCGCCAGUCCUUCUCCCUCCACUCGGGCCACGCCAACAUACCAUCCGUCUAUGCCAACGGCAGCCAUCUGGCCCCAGCCCCACCGAAGACCCUGGCAGUGACAGCCAACAGAGGGUCGUCGCCGCAGGCCGUGUCCAGGAGCAAUGGCUCAGUCAGCAGGAAGCCCCGGGCUCAGUACACACACUCCUACACCAUCAGCCAAGCAAGCCUGGAGCGCAUUGGUGCUGUCCCUGUCAUGGUUCCAGCCCAGAGUCGGGCUGGCUCCCUGGUCUAGGACGCAAGCAGAUGGAGCGUGCAGAGAAGAAGCCAAGGGAGCCCCCAUUCCAGCGGGGGGCGGGGUGGUGGCGUGUUGGGAAAGACACUUUCCUGACAAUGAUCCUAGUAAAAAGCACAAAGAAGGAGGCAGGGCUGUGACCCGGCCACUAAGAUUGGUAAAAUGAACUGGAGUGCUCCGGCAUGAAGACUUGUUCGUUCCCCCACCCCAGCUGUCCCAGGAUUCUGUUCAAAACGCUGGAUCUCACAGAUGUGCCAAGCCAAGGAAAAAGGUAGAAGAGCAGAAUAGCAUUAAAAACCCAAACUGCAGUCCAGAUGGGCUUAUUUUUUAAUUCAUGUCUAACGUAAUAAUUUUUCAAGAGACUAAAGUGCCAGAUGGAGUUUAAAUAAUGAAAUUAUUUAAAAAGAUAGGUGUCUUUAGAAACAUACUGAGCAACCCUGUGUUACAUCCUGCCUUUCCCCGUCCCCUCUUGAUGUAGGGGGCCGAAUGGCAUAAAUGGCGAACACUGGUCCUAGCAGGGCUGGCUUUUGUAUCGUAGAAUCAAAACUUUUUACACCAACAGAAUUCAGUAAGGAAUGGGUGAAAACUAUAAACUUCUUUGAGGAGCCCCUUCAUAUUUAUUUAUUUAUCUCUUCCUGGACCAUGAAUUUCAUAUUUGGAAUAUUGCUAUAUUGACAGAUUAUUGCCUGUCUAUGUUUUUCUAGGGUCUGUUAUAGGUCCAUGACAGUUACUGUUCAUUAUUUCCUGGGAAAAUAUUUUUUAAAAGAAAACUGUUGUUUUUAAAAAAAAAAAUACGAGAGAGGCAUUGGGUUAGGAAGGAAAAGACUACUGUCAACGCCACGUCCAGUGAGCUUGUUCGUGGAGCCCGGCAGGCAGGCAGCAAGACCUAGGUCGUGCAGGCAGCACAGGAGCAGGGAGGAGGGUGGAAGGGAAUUCCUGGCAGCCUCUCAGAGCAGGGCCGUCCAGGUCUCCCUUGCUGUCACACCAGGUUACUCUUAAUGAGGGCAGCACCCCAUGCCUCUGUACUGGGGUAGAUAACUUUCUCCUUGUUUGACAAGUUGAGGUUGCUGGGUUGUUACAGGGAGGGCAGGAGUUGCUUUGUUUUUGUUUUUCUCAAAAUGAUUAUUUUUGCAAAAGAGAUAAGACUGAGACAAAAGGGAUGUCUUCAGAUAUGCUCCUGGGAGGCUCUGCCCUGUUCUUGUCGCAGCUCAGGGUUGCAACUUUGCCCAGAUGCGUUUUACACCACUGUAAAGAGAUUCUUUGUGAUUAAUUACCUGGCCUUGGGAGUUCACCAGGUAAUUUGCAGACUCUCCACUCUAUUUGUGCUCUGUAGAUCUGGCUGUGCUUGUAUCGGUGACUCUCUCGCCUUAAUCACACUUUAAGCAACACAAAUGAUUUCUUCCCAGAUUUGUUUCCUAAAUUAUUUAUGAUGCUGACCCCGGGAUUGGAUAAGAGCAUCUUUUCUUUCCCCGAUGUAGUCUCUCAUUCCCUCUUCCCACUAUGCUUUUGCCCUCUUUUCCUGCAAGCACAGUCGUCACAGGAAGUGGCCUUCUGGUUUUCAGACUUAUGUGAAUAAUGGAAACCAACAGCUGCUGCAUACACUAUUUUUCCAAGAGGGCUAAGCUCAGAACCUAACCAUUGUAAUCAUUCCAAUAUUGAUGAAGAACUGAAUUUACUUUAGCAUUACUUAUUUUUUCCGUUUGACGGUUCUUGACUUUGUAAAAAUUUAAAUAAAUGAAUGUCUAUACUUUUUAUAAAGAAGAGUGAAAAUGCCAUGACAGAUAAGAUGAUACUAUCAGAUGUUGUUUAGAAAGCAUUUAUCUUGCAUUUCUUUAUUCUUUCUAAUUAUCUAAAAUUCAAUAAAAGUUUUAU